GUAACUGUCAAAAACAGAAUAAUUUCCUGGAAAAUUGUAUUGUUUGUUGUUAUUUUGCGACUCAUCGGAUCGGACUCAUCGUCCAUUUAUUUUGACGAUUCAUUGUGUCUCUAAUAAAAAUGGAUAAUAAUUUACAACAUGAAGAUUUGUUGAUAAAAUUACGCGCUAAACUGAACCAGGAGAAGGUGAAAUUAUGGGAACCUCCGUUCAUCACCCAAGAUAAUGAAAUCACGCAAGAUUUUAAGGAUAUUUCGGCAAAAUACGCGAAAGACCUCUCCUUGGAAACUGACGUAGUGCAGCAAGCUUUGCGGGAACUGCAGUUACACUCGCUGGAGCGGUCUAAAGACAAUGAGGAGUUCAAGGAGACAGGGUUUGCCACCUUCAGGGUCAAAGCCACCAUACCUGGUGAGAAACCCAAGAUGAUGAAGUUUCAGAAGAAGCUUGAGGGUCUCGGGUCUGAACUGAUAGCUGCUAUUGCUGCUGAGAUUGGAGUUACGGAGAAUAGAGUGAAGUUAAUAUUCAACGGGAAAGUGAUAAAGCCUACCCCUAGCUUGGAACAACAAGGGUUGAAGAAUGGAGCUACUCUGAUGGCUCUUGUGAUGGCAGAAACCCCGGAGGAAGUGAAGAAAGAGGAGAACAUGUACAUGGAGAUGAAGACAGUCCGGGACGAUGCCACGCUGCUGUCCGAGUAUGUCGACGAGCUGGCUGAUGAUGAGGAGUAUAUAAAGCUGGAGGACCAGUCGGGCGCGACAGUAGAGCUGCCCCCGGCGGAGCGGCGCGCGCUGGUGGUGGGGCUGGCGCUGCACGAGCGGGGCCGCACCGCCGCGCGCCACCACGACUACCCACUCGCGCUCGUACUCUUCCUCGAGGCUGACCGACAGCUCAGCGAGUGUCGGUCGUCGAUCCUGAAGUCGGUGGACAACUGGGCGGUGCUGCAGCUGGACGUGGCGUGGAGCUACCUGUGCCUGCGCAGCCUGCCGCACGCGGGCGACGCGGCGGCGCGCCUGGCGCGGGCCGAGGCCGCCUUCAAGGACUCCUACGGGGAGGACCACGCCCGGCUCAUCGCGCUCAAAGGCAGUGCUGCGAACGAGCGCGUGCUACUGAUGCGCAUGUACCUGCUGCAAGGCAUCGUGUGCUACCACCAGAACAAGCGCAGCGAGGCGCGCGCACUGCUCGCCAAGGCAGAGACCGAACUCAACGCGCUCAGGGUGGACGAGGAGUCGGUGCUGACGCUGAUGGAGCUGGGCUGGUCGCGCGCGGCGGCCCGCGCCGGGCUGCGCGCCGCCGCCGGACACGUGGACACGGCGCACCACUACCUCGCCGACCGCCGCGCGCAGCGGGACCGCGCCCGGGACGCGCACCGGAACGAGAGACAGCGUCGCCUACUAGGUGUGUGUGAGGACGGCUCCCAAAUAAACCUUCAACUGGUGGAGGCGCUGGUGGGUAUGGGAUACCCGCGGGGCCUCGCCAUCUGUGCUCUCAGGAACUCCAACAACCACGUGGCCGAGGCUGUCAGGCUCAUACAGGAACAACCUGAACUGUUGGAAGACAGCGACAGGUCCUCGGACGACGCGUCCACCAUCAGCUCGGACGACUCCAACAUCGUGCCCGACAACAAGCUCGUCGCGGAGCUGGAGGCGAUGGGCUACGACGGGGCGCAGGCGCGGGCCGCGCUGCGCAUGUCGCGGAACCACAUCAGCGGCGCCGUCGACCGACUCGUCGCCGGGAACGGAGUCGUGCACAGAAAUGAUGACCCUGAGGACCCGUCCACCAGUGCAGGAGUUGUCUCUAAGAAGAAGAAGACUAAGAAGGAACACAAGAAAGACAAAAAGAGGAAAGAGCGGGAUCAAGCUCUGCGCCGCCUGACGGCAGCUAUAAAGACUGAAGAAGAUGACUACCUGGACACCUCCCUCACUGAGGAGGAGGAGUUCCUCGCACAGUACAAGUCACUCCUCUAGACUGACCUCACUAUGGUAACUACUCAUAGUCAGGGUUAUCCCUGACAAAAUAAGAUCUCGUAUUUGUAAACAUCGUAAAAAUACUAUUAAAAAGUUUAUAAUUUUUUCUCGAAGCUUUUCGAGAAUGCCUGACUAAUUUCGAGCCAUACCGGGAUCCUUAUUUAGCUACCCGACAGUUUUCGUGCUCGAAAUCAGUUUAUUAGUGUCUUAUGAAAAAUCAAUUUUAUUUUACUUGUUUUGAUUGAAAUUUUUAAGUGUAUUAAAAUAUUUUAAGUUUAUAAAUUGUGACAAUUCGAAUCAAAUUAUUGAAAGAUAAAUAUGAACUAUCCUAGGAAACACUAUAAUAAUAAUCCUUUGACGUCUUUGUACACACAUUAGUGACUAGAUGUAGUCUUGCAAUGAAAUAUACACCAUAUCUCAUUUAUAAUAAGAUUCAUAGUACUUCUGAUUGAACUGACCAAGUCUCGUCGGUAGUAUCUUCAGCAUUUAUAUGAAUAUCUAUCUUAUGUAUCUAGAAAUAAGUAUUACUAUACUAUGUAGCAUUUACUUUUAACAACUAUUUUGAAACUCAUCUAUCAAUUAGAUAGAUGCAGUUUCAAAAUAGUUAUAAUAGAGCAGACAUAAUUAUGUUGACUGUUACAGACUAAAAUGUUAAAUAUGAACUAAUAAGCAUAUUACUGACUAGCUACUCCUAAGCUGCAUUUUUAUUAACCAUAGCGUAAUGUUUUAUAUCCUAUAACCUUCUUCGAUAAAUGGACUAUCCAACACAAAAAUAAUUAUCUAACUUGAACCAGCAGUUUCAGAGAUAUACUCGUUCAUACAAACUGUAGCUUCAUAACGACAGGAAUACGUCGAAUUUACAAGUCACCUGUAUAUCUAUGUAUGAAAUAUCUUUGUACGAGCUUUCUACUCGUGGUAGUGUCUUAUAGUCUAGUAUAUAAUAUGUAUGUGCCUAUACGUAUGUAUGUAUUGUUAUUAUGUCAAAAUGUUCAGAUUUUUAUAGUCUAAAGUACUUUAAAGUGAGCAGUUAUCGUUUGUCCCGCGUCCGCGUGGUUUUUAAAACUAUUCUCGUAGAAGAAAAGAAUAAUGAAUGACUUGAAUAGAAUUCAAAGUUGUAUUAGCUCUUACCGCCGUACUCAAAGUCAUUUAAUGGUUCCUUAAGGUCUGGGACCUUAGCAAUUGUUUUUGGAACGAAAUCAUUACUAAGGUAUGGUUUAAGUAAUCAUUAAAUGUGUCUAAGUACGGCCGUUGGACUUAAAAUUACAGUUUAAAACAUUUUUGUAAAAGUGGUAUAAAUUUGGCCAACAGCGAACUUUAUCUGACUAAGUGAAAGAUGAGCAAAUAUACACAAGUCAUAAUCAACCCUGACAUUUGUUUACCGUAAUUAUAUAACGAAACACUAACAUACUACUAAUUUCUAAUCUAAGCCCCAUUCAAUAUUAAUACAUUUUAAUAUUAAUAAACUGUGUGUCUACUAAAAAUAAAAUAUACUAAUAAUAAUAAUUAACCAUGAAAUGUAAUCAGUAGUUUGUGCCCCAUUUGUUGUUAGGUAUGUAAGGAUCUACUUAGAGGAGAACUUUUUAAAUUGUGUUUGUGUUAGUAGAAAGUAACUGAUCGAGUUUAAAAUAUUUGUAACUAGCGCGUUCGCGUUCCUGCGGGAUAACAUGUGGCUUAUUCGUUAUUUCAGACCAUAACCUCUUACAAAUAUGACCUCGAUCUCUUUACCCGUUUUGACGUGACGGAGUAACAAACAAACAUACGAACUUUCGCAUUUAUAAUAUUAAUAUGAUUGGAAAGCAAUUAUUGUACUAAAUAUAUGACAACUUCUUCUGAAACCCUUUUCACCCCUCUCUUUCCCUCUCUCUUACUCAUCUUUUAUGAAUUUAAAACAUGAGAAAUAAUGUCUGGCGCGAAUGAACCAACCAAUCAGAGAGCCGGACGCGCUCUCAUUUCGAUCUCGUUAAACGUAGAACAAACUUACUAAGGGUACAGGUCUAAAAAAAGUUCCUUCUCUUAUUAAAGUAGCUAUAGAACUAAGAACAUGAAUAAGUUUCAUACACCUCAUUAGUACUUAUUCUUAUGACAUGUAGUGCCAUGACACCAUAAUAUAAUAUAAGAUUAGUUUUAAAAUUAUCACUAGUAUACAUUACUUUAAAAAUAUUAUUAUUACGUCCUUGCGAAAUUGUUAUAUUUUCAACGAAAAAUAUAUAUUUUUCUAUUAAUUUUGUCCUAAUUCUAUGUAUAAGUAAAAUACUUAGUUGGUGUAAUUAAAUAAAUAAAUAAACGAUGUAUACAAGG